AUGGCUUCUGCCGAAGUGGCGGUCGUCGACAAGGCUGCACCGAAUGGAGGCAGCACCUCCCCGACAGACCCAGCCCCAGCCCCAGCGACGACAGCGACAGGGACAGACAACAAAAAGCUCCGACUGUCGUGCGACAACUGCCACGCCGCCAAAGUCAAAUGCACGAAGGAACGGCCGCUGUGUUCGAGGUGUGCAAACUCGGGCGCCUCGUGCGUCUACUCAAAGUCUCGUCGGGCCGGCAAGCCCAAGGGCUGCGGCAAGAAGGCUGGUGGUUCAUUCAGUAACAACAACAAAUUGCAGAACAUGACGCCCCCGGAGUUCUGUAGUCGACCCGAGUCUCCCCUUUCAGAUGCACGCAUGAGCAUGGACUUUGAUGACGCCUCGUGGAACGUCGACAUCACCGACAGCCGGCGAGAUUCGGUCCUCGACCAGAGUUUUCCGACUCUGCAUCAUUCCAUUGCCGAAACGACGGGCUCGCUUGAUCCGACCCUGACACAGACAUUCACGCAUUCGACCAUGGACACGGACGACUUUUCCGCCUCUGCGGCUUUCUCCACCAGCAAUAUCUUCGCGGCAGACUUCAAAAUGUCGCCUGAGUGGAUGUCAGGCAUGGAUGCUGCCGCCGCCGCCGCUGCCGCGGUCACUCAAGUCCCCUUCAGCACAGACGGCAUGACCGUUUCCGCUUCAAAUCUCAUGCUGUACCCGGAAUUCAACUGCUCCGACACGAGCACGCUCAACGACGACGCAUCGACGUCGGGCAUCCCAACCAGCACUUCGCCCCCGUCGUGUAACUGCACGGGGUCGUUGCAGGACAUCCUCAGCGCCCUCAACGGCACGAUGCCGUCGUUCGACAAGUUCCUGGCCAUCAACAAGUCCGCGGUCCAGCGUAUGGCGCAGUGUCUGGCCUGCCACUGCCUACCUGACAUCUCGUCGGUUAUGUUGCUGUCUGUCAUCAUCACCCGCAUUGUGCAGUGCUACAAGAAGAUCCGUAAUGGCGAGUGCGAAGGCUCUGAGGAGGUCGGCGUCACCAUGGGCUCGCUCAAGAUGGACAGCGAGGAUGAGUACCAGAUCAAGAUGGUGCUCAUCCGGUCCGAGCUGCGCAAAAUCAAGUCGUUGGUCACGCGGUUUCGCGAGCGGUUCGAGAAUUACCUGCAGGGCGCCGACCGGCAGCUCUAUGAGGCCAACAUGGCGUUUCUGGAAUAUGGUCUGGAUGACACGAUCAAGGGGCUUUGA